AUGGCUCAUCAGAACUAUGAAGCAGCAAUGCAGAAUCAGUGCGAGAUGCCGGCAUUUACUGACAAUAACCAGAUAGUGUGGAUUCCAUACUCUCAAAGCCCCAUCACUGGAGAGCUCUCUCCAGUUUUUUCCGCGAAUUAUCCGAGUAUCAAAUAUUCCGCCAGGCUCCAUGUCAAAUGACCGUGGAUUUUGACAGUGUACAUUUCAUCGAAAUCAAUUUGAAAAUUUUUGAUAGCGCGGACAUUUGGCCUAAUAUUAACUUUUUUUUCGGUCAAAUGCCACACUAUCAAAAAUUUUUCAAUUAAUUUUCGGCCAAAAAUUUUUCGGUGAAAUGGAGCCUAUCAAAAUGGCAAAGUCAUUUGACCUGCACCCAUCCCGCCACGGUGAGCCAAAACUCAUCCUUAAAUCGAGGUGGAGUUCGAAAUGCCCAGUGAACUAAAGAGGAAGACGAAAUCUUAUACGAUCAUGUAGUCAGGCAUCAGAAUAAAUCAUGGGCGCUCAUUGCUAAAAAGAUCAACCUUUUUCUGCAUAAUGGAGAAGAACUUCGGCAGGGUAAGCAUUGCAGAGAAAGAUGGUGCAACCACUUGGACCCAAACAUUAAAAGUAAAAUCUACAUAGAGGGGGACUGGGAUCUUAAAGAAGACUUGGAAUUGGCUACUCUCCAUACGAAAUAUGGGAACUCAUGAAGUCUUAUUAGUAAAGCCAUGAACGGAAGAACUGAAAACGCUGUGAAAAAUCGAUGGAAUAACUUGCAUAAGAGACUAAAGGGCAACGUAUUGGAAAAAAUAAUGGAAUUUUGUGCGAAAGAAAGUUCCUAUCCUAAGGAAAGCCUUUUUCAGGACCAGGAGUAA